UAGCAUGGAUUUUAGGACGAUAAUGCAUGGUCUUUGUGCUACUCUACAUCGGACAGGCGUAAGUGUUGAAGGCGGCAGUGAGGACAGUGUGAUGUCCCUCUGCUCUACUCAACUGUGACGCGGGGAAGGGAUGGCUCCGCAACCUAAUAGACUGGAUCGAUGACUUAGCAAUCAAAACCAGGACUGGAUUGUUUCUUUGUGACAUUUCAAGGUUUUCGUGUUUGUUCGCCCCGUCUGCUUCUGCAUUUGCUGCCUUGAACUGGAUAUCACUCCUGAGAGUGUCGUUACAUCACUAUUACAGACAGACAACAGUAUUUACUUCUCUGACGCGAGGAAGUGCAGCUGUUGGUCAGGCUAACUGAACCCGUUAAAGACCACGCCGGAGGUUGGCUGACAUUACCUUCAAAAUAAAGUUGCAAAAUAGAUUUGUUUUGACUGUUAAUGGCGACUUUGGGAGUGGGAAGACAUAACGCUUAGACUACUCAACAGAGGAAUUUUAAUUGGUAAUAGACAUAAUCGCCUUUAUUAUAACAGUGGUACACGACAGUAUCGACACGUCUCCAUUAGUUUUAUUUUGGAAGCUGCGGACGGAAGUCGUUCUCGGCUGUGAGGUGUGAGACUCUGGUAGGAAGUGGGAUGUGGCCAGGAUGUAUUAAUGCCUGUGUUUAAGAUAUGAAAAUCAUUGACUUAGCGCUGCUUUGGGAGCCCUGUUUCACUGCCGGGCACAGCGCAGGGUACGGCAGUGUCGCUGUCAGUCGUUGUGGUUGUUGUCGGUGGUCGGAAACGGCCAACACUAGCAAAGCUGCUGUGCGGGUUUCGUCUGGACUGGACCAUUUCCAUGAGGGCUUCUCAACCUCACGCCCUGACAAAUUGUGUGCGGGGCUGUAUUCUGUGCUUACGUAAUAACAGUAUGUGAAUCGAUAGAGCCAAAUCGUUGACUUUUUUUUCUUGGACAAAGACUUUGUGCUUUUCACAUUUUUUUAAAUAUAUUUUACAAAUGUCAACAACUCAGCGUCAAGUGAUGAUGGAGUCCUCUCUAGCUCUUGGAAAACUGGAACUGACCCCCAGCUCAGGCGCUGCUGGGGUCCCGCUGACCCCCCGGCUCUCAACCGGGCUCCCGGUGAAAGACAAGUGUGCUCAGCGGCCGCUGGGGACACAGGGCCAGGCUCACCUGAACGGCUGUGUCCCGCUGUCACAUCAGGUGGCGGGUCACAAGUAUGGAGUGGACACAGUGGGUAUUUUGCAACAUCCGGAUGGAACAGUCCUGAAGCAGCUCCAGCCUCCACCCAGAGGUCCACGAGAGAUGCAGUUUUACAGCAUGGUGUAUGCAGAGGGCUGCUGUGAUCCAUGCCUUCUGGAGCUCCAGAACCAUCUGCCAAAGUACUAUGGCACCUGGUCCUCUCCUGACAGCCCCAAUGACCUGUACCUGAAGCUGGAGGAUGUGACUCGACGCUUCGUCAAACCAUGCAUCAUGGACGUGAAGCUGGGCCAGCGGAGCUACGAUCCAUUCGCCACGCAGGAGAAACGGGAGCAGCAGAUCAGAAAGUACCCGCUGAUGGAGGAGAUAGGAUUCCUGGUCCUCGGCAUGAGGGUGUAUAAGAUGUGCAGUGACACAUUUGACUCAUACGACCAGCACUACGGGAGGGGACUGGUUAAGGACACCAUAAAAGAUGGGUUGGCUAAAUUCUUCCAUAACGGUGUGAGUCUGAGGAAGGACGCGGUGUCAGCCAGCAUCCGCAGAGUCCAGUGUAUCCUCCGCUGGUUUGAGUCGCAGCACCAGCUCACCUUCUACGCCAGCUCCCUUCUCUUUGUCUAUGAGGGCCUCCCCUCCUCCUCCUCCUCCUCAUCUUCCCUCUCGUCCCUCCUCAGCACCCCAUCCAUCAGCCCGACUGCGGGGAAAAUCGCCAAGCUGCCAUCGGCAGGUGACAGCGGCCGGGGCGGAGACGGGAAAGCGAGACAGGAAGGGACGGGGCAAGAAGAGGAUGUGGCUGAGUACAACAACAACAAUAUUCAGGUGCCAGUGCCCUGGGACUUCAGCCUGAGCACCAUAUUUACCAACCACAGGAAAGGAGGCCACCACAAUUGUGCCAAGGGUCAUCUCCAUGGCAACAGUGGAGACGGUGACGCCGUGGAGAUGACGGCGAGCUCAGUUUCUGGAGAUAACAUCUCAGCACUGUGUGAAGAAGACAACUCGGCAUGGAAACGAACAGGCGAGUCGCAACAACCGCCAAACGGAAACGGAAACAAAUCACAACUGGAAGAGAAGGGUUUGGAGGGGGAGAGGGAGGACAGAGGCAGGAGGAAAGGGGAGGAGGAGGAGGCGAAAGAACGAGGAGGUGAUGCAACAGGGAGCGGAGGAGACACAGAGGUGGAGGUCAGGAUGAUCGAUUUUGCCCAUGUUUUCCCGAGUGAAAGCCACGAUCAUGGCUACAUCUACGGCCUCAAACACCUGAUCACAGUGCUGGAGCAGAUCCUAUGUGACGCCGCCUAGAGUUCCCACUCCUCCCCACACUCCCUGGACCUCCUGACCUGCUCUGUGAACCUCUGCCUCCCCUCUGUCAAGCCUCCUGUCUGCUCAAAAGACUUUUAACCUUCAGAGGAGAGAGGGAAGAAUCAAAGAAGUGAAUAUCAAAACAUCAUCAUCAUCAUCAUCAUCAUCAUCAUCAUCUCACCUGUUUGUGACGCUCCACCAGUCGUGUGUGUGUGUGUGUGUGUGUGUGUGUGUGUUUGUGUGAGCGAGGUAGCAGAGGCUUACAGUGGUGUUUUCCUGUGAUCAGCAGCACUACAUGCACUAAUCAGUCCAUGAAGGCAUUGCGACCCUGCACUUAAACACAACAUCUCCAGCUGCGUGAUUUACCCAUGCUCAGACUAGAUGGGACUCAGUCUUUUUUAAAAUGCUUUCAGAAAAAACAUAUUUUUAUAUCAUAUCCAGUGAAAAUAGCUGGUGGGCUUCUGUUAAAAUUGCACCUCCAUACACCUCAUAUUAGGUCUGGGCUGGGCAGUAUGACAAUGUAUGUCACGAGAUGAUAAGAAUUUGUGUUAGAUUUUUCCAUAUCACUCAUACUGUAGUAGCUGACCCUUUUUUAUAUCUGUGCCUGGUAGACCGCUGUAGGCUGCAGUUUUGUGGCAGCAUCCAUUUUAUAGUUUUAUAUCUUUGAAUCCACUUGAGGAAAAUUUCUUUUAUGCAAAUCACUAGAUAAGCUAGAAACAGACAUUCUCAUCUGUUACCAACAGUUUCUAGAAAUAUACUAUUUCAUGAUAUAUAAAUAUGCAUCAAUAUUGCAGUAAGUAAGAGAAUAUGGUUACUUUUACUGUGAUAGCAGACUUUAUCCAUCUCACCUCAAAUAUAUUUCAACAAAACAAUCUCAACUGCAGGUCCAGUCACCAGCUUUUUCAUCUGUAUAUCAGAGGCUCUUUGCAGCUGAUCUUAUUCUGUGUUUCAGUGAUCCCAACACAAGUGGACAGCUGAGGCACAUUGCCAUUCACACUUGUGUCUGUGAGCAUCUCCAGCUGACCACUUGGGUAUGAAUUCCAUCACUGCCUACGUCACGUACGCCAGAAGGUCAAAGGGCACCGUGCACAGUUUUUACAUCCACUGCUUGCUAGCAUGUUCGCUAGUCAUGUUAGCAGUUGUGUGGGUACAGCUGGAGAUUUUGUUGUCAGCAGAAUUCAAAAAAUGUCCCUCCCCAGGGCAAAAUCAUCAAUGAUCAUGUCACAUGGCUGGUCGAUAAAUUAUGUGAUCAGGAUUUGGGCCGAUCCACUGGUUUUAAAAGUGAUAUGCUGAAAAUAGAAUCAGCAAGAAAGAGUUUUGUGUGUGUGUUUUGGUGAAGACGAGGUGUUCUAUUGGAUUAUGCCGUCUGCCAAGAAAACUACCCAUCCUGCAGUACCUGUCAGCACAAUUCAACCCCAACAAUUUUCUCAUCCUGGGCAUCCACAGUUGUUAACUGGAUUUGGAUGAUUAAGGUUUACAGUGGACUGUCACAUAACAAAAAGCCAGGGCUGAGAAACACUUUCUAUUAAUCUUUAUUGAGACCACCAGAUGAAGAGUUAAACGAGGGCUUAGAACGUCUUCUUGAAGUGUGUGAGCAUUGGCUGAAACUUAGAAGUCUGGAGGAUGUUGAGGUUUAAGCGGGGUCGUCUUUUUGUGUUUUUUUUUUAAACCACUUUCGACAGGUAUCUAACUCAGGUAAAUUUACUGUAAGAAGAAAUACUUAAUAUUAAUACUUUUAUCCUCUCAGCAAGAUGAUCCUUAUACUGUCUGCUUGUUCAUUUCUUCAUGAUUGUUUUAUAUCGUCUUAACGUUGAUUUGAUCUCAUGAUUGUCCUUAUCUCAUCCGUGUUGACCUUUGACCGGCAUAACCUUACAGUGACCUUUCAUGUUGUUUGAUCUUUUACCGUGGCUGUUUUCAUUGCUGGUCAGCUGCCAAAUCAUCUCCCCCCUCCCCCCUCUGUGUUUAAUCUGAGUCGCCCUCUUUCUGUCCUAGUUUUAGGAACGGCAUUAUAUUGCUGAAGUCAUACCUUGUACUCCAGAUUUGUUUUAUUUUUUGAAUUUAUAUCAAAGAGUAAUUGCUCAUGGGUUGGACUUCAGCGCCAUUGCUCAAGCAUUAGCCAUGACUAUUUGAUUUGAAGUUAUUUUAAUUUCUUUAAUUGAGUUUUAAAUGGGCAACAAUAGGAAACUCAAGCAGUUCCCUCCAAAUUCUGGAAGAUGGUUAUUUGGGAGUGUUUAGGGGGGGGCUGACAGUAGCAACAUGUUAUACUGUGUGACAGACGAUGUGCUGCAUGUGGUUCUCAUGAUAGAACUUAAGGAUUUGAAGAUUGUAGUAGAUAUUUCAAACAUGCUGCUUUAAUGUGAGUCGGCUGAAAGACUCAGCAGAGAGUGACAGAGUGCUAAAGAAAGAAAGACAGCGACUGAAUGAUUUCAUGUCAUGUUUUGUUGUGUUCUGUUUAUUUCGGCGUGGAGCAGGUGGACACAGUGCCAGCGAACUGGUAGUCAGUGAAACACAAGUCAGCACGUCCUUUUCACACUAAUCUCAGCUCGAGAAACAAGUUCAACUGAUCUAUGUUAACUUUUUUUUAUUGUUUAAGUCUUAUUUGGUAGGGUGGACUAAUAUGUGUUUAUAGGCUGAUCAGAUAUUCUGUAUACGAUUGACAAUUCUAAUAUUUUAAGUAAAGUCAAACUGGCCAUGUUUAGACAAGAAUGGCCUGACCAAAAAAUACUCUCCUUUUUGUUUUCAAAAAAAUGUGUGUUCAUAUGAGAACACUGUGAGAAGAUCCUCGUGUACACGGAUCCACAAAAACAACUGAAAACGCUUUAGUAUGCAUGCAUGCCAGUUGCUGCUGUAACUUUGUAAUGACACACCACAGAAGAAGACCACGUGCCGGCGCAGAGUGCGGCUGUGGAAUCACCGAUCACACAGGAUCCACACAUUGCCAGUUUACAGAAGUGGUGGGCUUUAUAAAAGAUUACACUCUGGAACCUGGUUUCAGAAGUUUGUGUUUUCAGGACCCUAAAACGCUGUGGUUAUGUAAACCAAAGGCCAAACAUCAUUUCAAACCUUGUUUCUUGCAAGAACUGUUGGCGUGCAAACGGCAUCUGUAUUCAGACCAAAGCUAGCUGUGAAUUAUGGAAGCCCAAAACCACCUACAAUAUUUGUAUACUUUUUUGAGAUAAUGUAGUGUUUUCUUGUAAUGAUGAGCUCCCUAUCCCUUAUUCUCUAGAAAACAAAUUAAGCUAAAUUUAACAAAACAUUUUAUCACGUGGUCCACUUGUCUGGAGCUUUCAGUCACAUCUCAGUGCCUUCAUCAACAGACUGUAUUUCAUCCACAGUUGAGGAGCAUAAGAUGUGGCUAAAAACUCUAGAAAAAAAAACCCAAAACGUGUGGUCAUGAAUUCCUGGAAAAAUUAUGAAAUUAGAAAAACACUUUUUCAGACCUGGAAAUGGUUUGCAAUUGACAGAAUUCUGAAUACACGUUGUUUUGGCUAUAGGCUAAAAUUUGUUUAUAAAUAUCCCAAAACAUAUAAAAUGUUAUGUGAAAUCAGUUAUUUGAAUUACUAAUUUAAGAUCUGGCAUCACGCCAUUGCCAUGGCCACGUUCCCUAUUGGUGAAAGAAAGACGCUGUCACAUCGGGAGAGAAUGCUGAGAAUCUGUUGUGCAGCGGGUUAACCAAAGCGUUCACACAAACAUCUAAGGCACAGAAGAUGUGUGAAUAUUCACUGUCAGUGUGCUGAAUGACUCUGGUGACAGUUCGGAGUGAUGGAUAGCUGAUCAGCUUAGUGGAGGCUGCUGCAGUGCUGUUUGAUUCUAUCUACACGAUGCUGCGGUUUUCUCCCCAGAAGCUAUUGUAAAAAAACACUGUGAUUGGGUCUAUUAAUAGAAGUUUUAUGGUAUUUUAUUCCAGACAGGAGGCUUUAAAAGUCCAAAUCUACACCACUAAAACAGCAGUCUGAUGUCAGUCCUGUAUAUAUUAGUCCAUCCCUACUGUCCAGUGUGAUGUCUCUGUCUUUACAAACUGCUCAAAUAAGACUGACUUUUUAAUGAUUUGAUGACUCUCAUUUAGAGAGUCAACUGUGUGUUUUUUAAGACCAUUUGCUGUACAUCGCUUUCACCUCUCGAUGUUGACACUGGAGCUCCUUUUUAAAAGCCAUGCUCCAGUAAAGGACUACACUCUGAUUUGAACCAGUAAUAUGCACAGGUCUCUUCCCUUUAUGUAGCUUGUAAUCUAUGAAUAUAAUGAACAAUAUGAAAAUCCUGAUCUUUUGUAAAUUAACUUUGAUUUAAUUGUAUUUUGAUUUUAAUCUGAACCUAAAGAGACUGCAGACUAUUAGAAAAUAAUAUUUUCUCUAAUGUCUCUUUUUCAUAAUUUUUUUUAAAAUCAGUGUGAAACUUAAGAAGUCUUUUACGGAUGUUUACAGAAGUUAGGGAAUUGAUUUUUCUUUUCUUUUUUUUUUUAUCACUGCCUUAUUUUCGGUUGAUGUCUCCGUGUUGUCUCUGUGUUUUUGAAUAUUGAUUAUUGAUCAUUCCGGCAGCUUUGUGAAUCUCCUCUGUGUUUCUAGCCUGUUGUGUCAUGGCUAACUAACAGACACCAUAUCAUGCAUUUGUAUACAGGGCAUUGUUCAUGGUAUUGAUGUAAUGAUUGACUGACUCAUAGUGAUUCAACCUCUGACUUUCACUCCCUCUGAUCAGUAACAAUCAGGAGAGCAGCUCAUGUUGCUGACAUGUUGUCUGUCAGUGGAGGCGGGCACGUUCACCAACAGCACAUCCACCGUGUUCCCUCAGUCCUCCUGAAGGAACACACAGGGGUUUUUUGUUUCACUUCAUUCCUGCUUUCUAUCUCAGCUGAAGCACCACAUAGUGCAUUUUAUUGCUGGAUAUGUUUCACCAACUGAUUUUCAGGCGGCCACUGGUCUCCAUUCCACAUGCUGUCAGCCUUUUACUGUUUUCAUGUAAAAUGCAGACUGGUUUGAAAAACUCUGAAUCAGUGAAUCACUACGCAGCAGCAGAGUGUGCCAUUUAAGGUUUUUACAGUGUAUGCAAUAAUAUUUAUAUCAAAUAGUAAAAUUAUCAAUUAAAAAAAACAACAACCUAAAGCUGUAAAUCUCAUGUUUCAUCAAGAGAAGAUAUGUUGAUCCUUUGGACAACAGUAUAAUAUUUGCUGAAACACAGUAAGCCACAAUAUUAAUAAUAAUUAUUUUAUAUUAAUAAUUUUGAUCAAUCAUUAUGAGACCAUAUCAGUUAAAAUCCUGGUUGUCUUUUUCUGUGCUGCUAGCUAUUUUAAUUUUAAAGAUAUUUUUAGAUUUAUUUUUAAUUUCCAUUUUGAAAACCCAGUCAUUUAUUCACCAUUUAAAGACAAAAUAAGGAAACUGAAUCAUAAAUUGCCUUUUUUUUCUCCAGACUUUUUUUAACUUUCAUAAUCCAUUUAAAUGCAUAUCAGUGUAUGUAGACUUUAAAGGAUGCAUUGAUUGGAAUGAAACACUGUAAAGGUCUGUCAUCAUUUCAGUGGCACAGUCCAGGCUCACUGUGAUGGAUAAUUUGUCUAAAGAAAGGUCUAGAGCUAAUUUUCAUAGUGCAGUUAAGUGGAUUCACACCAGUGGCUGCUUAGGAGAGAGCAGAAGACAAAAUAAUUCUUCUAAAUUAUAUUCAGUUUGUAGUCAGUUUGUUCACACAACAUUCACACUUUGAAUUAAUUGUACUCAAAAUCAGAUUAGAUCAUGUAAUCCAGUCCUGGUUUUUAUCUGGUUCAAACUUGAUCUACUUUAUCAGAAUAAUAAAUCAUUAGCAAUAUAGAAAUAAAUGUGCAUAUAUUUGACCAAUUUAAAAGUUUCAUUACAUUUAGUUCCUGACAUCCACCCGAAUCCACCCUUCUCCUGGGAUCAGGAUCAUCCUGAUUUUUUGGAUCAGAGGUAUCCCAAUCACAAACACAAAGUGAAGAUCUGAUCCAGAUCAAAACCAAGAUUGCAUGAAUGAUGUAGCAGAUGUAUCAGGAUUGUAAUUUCAUUUUUUUAAACUUUAAAAAACAAAGACCAAUAAAUCUACCUUCUACCUUCUAUGAUGUAAUUUGAUUUCAGAAUCCUCAUUUUCUUUUGAACAACUCAUCUUCAAGAUUUGAUCCAAUCUGAUCAGACUGCUUGUGAACCGCUGGGCUCUGCUCACUUUAAAAUUUGACAUUUGUAGCCAGAUGAAACAAAGACAAAAUGUGGAUGUAGGAAGAGUAACACUGCCCGCCUCCUCUGUCUUUGAUUGUUCCAGCACCUUUAGCUAUACUGGAGGCUAACAUGAUCCCAUUACAUUUACAGAUAUGCAUCAUAUUUGUCAUCUCAGAGUGGAGCACACCGAGCGCUCCAGACUGCUGAUAACGCUGUGGAAUAAGUCCAGCUGUGGUCAGCAGACGUCAAACUGUUGCUCUGGUGUUUCACCUGUUUUCUGACUUUUCACCAAAACAGACUUAUUGGAAACAACAAUUUGAAAAAAACCCUGAUUUAUCACAAAAAAAGUUCUUACUCUCGCAUUUCAGGCAAUUCCAAAAAGCUAUAUUCCACAAAACUGCAAUGGAAACACUUUUUGGCUUUUAUAUCCUCUGUGAAACCGUAGACUAUGACCUUCCAGAAAUCCCUCAUACGUGGCUGCUCCCACGUAUAAGGGGCUCUCCUUUCCAUUAUGGCUCCAUAACACG